AUGUCUUUGCUUUAUAAACAGCGUGAAUUCAAGGGCAUGGAAACUGUCCAGUGUCCCCAGUUCCAGGGGUUCAGGACCAGAUUCUUCUUCCUGGCUUUCGCCACGGUAGUUCCGUGGCCUCUCAGGACCUUUUCACGGCCGUUUUCGAACAAUCCCUACGGCGUACCGGAAGCCGGCCAUGUUGAUAAGCAGCUUAUCAAAGUAUCGCGUGACUUUCGUGUGCGGGCCGCGCGCGAGGGUUGGUAUGGCAACGGAGAUUAG